AUGCGUGUACAUUUUUCCACCUUUCGUUAUAGUUCCAGCACUUUACAGCCACAAAGUGAUCACGGAUUUAUCAGACACCAAUCAGUCCCGAGGAACAGUGUAGACCCUGAUUUAGGCUACGUUCAGUAUCCCAAUCCCGUGGCACCAUCCACAGACGAACCACAAACCUAUCAUUUAGUACGACAAGCACCACCGUCACCACUAGACUACUCAUCGCAACCUCGGUCUUCCUUACCGAAUCCAUGUGUUGCCCCAGUCCCGCCCCAGCAAUCAUGGGCUGGUCCAAGCCACACGAUCGAAUGGCCUCCCAAUCCAUAUCAUGUUCCUCCCGCGGGUGUAUUCUACAGACCUCGCGGAUGCCAUACAAUGACCGAUUUCAACGAUGGACAAAGUGAGUUGCAAUGUGAGGUUGAUCACCGAUUGGAGUGCAUGGGGUUCACCAUGACCUACAGUGGUUGUGGCCUCAAUGGUGUCGUAAAAUUGGUGGCAGUUUACGAUUCAGACUAG